AUGGAGGCCUACUUGUUGGACAUCCCGGUGCGGACGUCCAGGGUGAAGCAGACGGUGAAAGCCGGAGAUGCACUUCAACAACCUGAGAAUAUGACACUGCCACUUUCUCAGCCUGAGCAGGAUCUUCCUAAGGAAAAGCUUGAACAAAAUUUAUCUGCAAAAGCUGAUCCUCAGUCAGAGCUUGUACAGACAGAUGAAGUGAGACUGCCGUCCCCUCAGCCUGUCCUAGCUUUUCCUUGGCCAGAACUUGAGCAGACCGUGCCAUCCCCUCAGUGUGUGAUAGCUAAUCUUCAGCCAGAGUUUGUACAGUUAGAGAAAGUGAGACUACCGUACCCACAGCCUGUCCUAGCUCUUCCUUGGCCAGAACUUGAGCAGACCGUGACAUCCCCUCAAUGUGUGAUAGCUAAUCUUCAGCCAGAGUUUCCUGUCCUAGCUUUCCCUUGGCCAGAACUUGAGCAGACCGUGACAUCCCCUCAGUGUGUGAUAGCUACUCUCCAGCCAGAGUUUGUACAGUUAGAGAAACCUGUCCUAGCUUUUCCUUGGCCAGAACUUGAGCAGACCGUGCCAUCCCCUCAGUGUGUGAUAGCUAAUCUUCAGCCAGAGUUUGUACAUUUAGAGAAAGUGAGACUACCGUCUCCUCAGCCUGUCCUAGCUUUUCCUUGGCCAGAACUUGAGCAGACCGUGACAUCCCCUCAGUGUGUGAUAGCUAAUCUUCAGCCAGAAUUUGUACAAUUAGAGAAACCUGUUCUAGCUUUUCCUUGGCCAGAACUUGAGCAGACCGUGCCAUCCCCUCAGUGUGUGAUAGCUAAUCUUCAGCCAAAGUUUGUACAUUUAGAGAAAGUGAGACUACCGUCUCCUCAGCCUGUCCUAGCUCUUCCUUGGCCAGAACUUGAGCAGACCGUGACAUCCCCUCAGUGUGUGAUAGCUAAUCUUCAGCCAGAAUUUGUACAAUUAGAGAAAUCAGAGCUUGUACAGACAGAUAAAGUGAGACUGCCGUCACCUCAGCCUGUCCUAGCUCUUCCUUGGCCAGAACUUGAGCAGACCGUGACAUCCCCUCAGUGUGUGAUAGCUAAUCUUCAGCCAGAGUUUGUACAGUUAGAGAAAGUGAGACUACCGUACCCUCAGCCUGUUCUAGCACUUCUUUGA